UGCGGGGACGGCGGCUGCGGCCGCGGCCGGGGAGCGCCCUUUGCAGGCGAGCGGGGCUCGGGCGAGGUGGCCUCGGCGACGUGGGGGGUGCCCGCGGAGCGGGGUGCAGAUUUUGCAGCCCCUCCCCACCCCUCGGAAGACUGGACUCGGGAAAGGUGGUUUGACAGGAUCCCGCCCCUAGCAGGAGGACCCUUGCGUGCAAGUUGGCCGUCGUGACCCUGGAAGGAUGUUUGUUUGUUGGUCGCCACUGGUCCUUACCUGGUUUCCACGGAGGGUCAUCCCUCUAACCCUCCUCCGGUCAGAGAAGGUUUAAAUAUUUUACUGGACAUGUAUUUCUCAUAAGCAGUAUCCGUCCAGCAGGCCCUCAAGCCAGAAUGUGGCACACCAUCCUUUUUGAGAAGAGGUGAAUGUAACGGAUUAAAAAUGGCGGACAAAAGUGGGAAGAUAGUUCCAGGACAAGUGUACAUCGAAGUGGAAUAUGAUUAUGAAUAUGAAGCGAAAGACAGAAAAAUUGUGAUAAGGCAAGGGGAGCGCUAUAUCCUGGUGAAAAAGACCAACGAUGACUGGUGGCAAGUGAAGCCGGAUGAGAGUUCCAAGGCGUUUUACGUGCCUGCCCAGUAUGUGAAGGAGGUGGCCCGCAAGGCGCUCAUGCCCCCCGUCAAACAGGCCAUCGUGCUGCCCAACAGCGCCCCAAAGACGAUGCAGAGCCUGCAUCUUCAGAGAUCCGCCGAGAAUGUGAACAAGCCUCCGGAGCUGUCGAGUUUCGGGAAGCCGUCGCUGUCCGUCCAGGGAAUGGGACUUAUCCGAGAUGCCAAUCAGAACCUGGGACCCAGCUACCCUGCAGGCCAGACGCUGAAUCUGAGCCUGGAUCUGACCCACAAUAAUGGCAAGUUUAUUAACAGUGACUCACACUCGCCGAAAGUUUCCAGCCAGAACAGAACGCGCUUGUUCGGUCACUUUCCGGGACCGGAGUUCUUGGACGUCGAGAAAACCAGCUUCUCCCAGGAGCAGGCAUGUGACUCCGCCGGGGAGGGCUCCGAGAGGGUCCAGCAGGAUUCGGAAUCCGGUGACGAACUUAGCAGCAGCUCCACGGAACAAAUCAGGGCAACAACACCUCCAAGUCAAGGACGGCCAGAUUCUCCUGUCUAUGCUAAUCUUCAGGAACUGAAAAUAUCCCAGUCUGCUCUUCCUCCGCUCCCAGGGAGCCCCGCGAUCCAGAUUAAUGGCGAAUGGGAGACGCAUAAAGAUAGUUCAGGGCGCUGUUAUUACUAUAACAGAGGAACGCAGGAAAGAACUUGGAAACCCCCUCGCUGGACCCGGGAUACAAGCAUAGGCAAAGGAGAUUUCCAAAGUCCAGGAGAUCAAGAGCUUCUUUCAUCAGAAGAAAACUACCCCAGCCUUUGUUUCAGCCAGUCAGAUAGUCAGUGUGGUUCUCCUCCAAGGGGUUGGUCAGAAGAGUUGGAUGAACGUGGGCAUACCCUAUAUACCAGUGACUAUACUAAUGAAAAGUGGCUCAAGCACGUUGACGAUCAAGGUAGACAGUAUUACUACAGUGCUGAUGGAUCUCGCUCAGAAUGGGAAUUGCCAAAGUAUAAUGCUUCGUCUCAGCAGCAAAGAGAAAUAAUCAAGAGUAGGAGUCUGGACAGGCGGCUGCAAGAACCAAUAGUGUUAACAAAAUGGAGACAUAGCACCAUUGUAUUGGACACCAAUGACAAGGAAUCUCCAACUGCCUCAAAACCCUGCUUACCUGAAAAUGAAUCUUCUCCCUCUUCACCAAAGCACCAAGAUACAGCCAGCGGUCCCAAGGGUCAAGAGAAAUUUGGAUUAUUAAACGUAACAAAAAUUACUGAAAAUGGGAAAAAGGUUCGGAAAAGCUGGUCGUCUUCGUGGGCCGUGUUGCAGGGGUCAUCUUUGCUCUUCACCAAGACCCAAGGAAGCAGCACAAGUUGGUUUGGAAGUAAUCAGUCCAAACCGGAGUUCACAGUGGACCUUAAGGGGGCAACGAUUGAGAUUGCUUCAAAGGAGAAAUCCAGCAAAAAGAAUGUAUUUGAGCUGAAAACCCGCCAAGGAACGGAGCUGCUAAUUCAGUCUGACAGUGACACUGUUAUCAAUGACUGGUUUAAAGUCCUUAGCAAUACUAUCAGUAAUCAGACAGAAACAGAAGAAGCAUUUGAAGAAGAGCUACCAGAUUCCCCAGGAAUAGAAAAGCACGAUAAAGAAAAGGACCAUAAGGAGCCCAAAAAACUUCGUUCCAUGAAAAUGUCUAGUAUAGAUUCUUCUGAACAGAAAAAAACCAAGAAAAAUUUAAAGAAGUUUCUUACUCGACGCCCCACUUUGCAAGCUGUUCGUGAAAAAGGUUAUAUUAAAGAUCAGGUAUUUGGAUGCAAUCUUGCUAAUCUGUGUCAGAGAGAGAACAGCACAGUGCCAAAAUUUGUGAAGUUAUGCAUUGAACAUGUUGAAGAAAACGGUUUGGAUGUCGAUGGGAUUUACAGAGUAAGUGGUAACCUCGCAGUGAUCCAGAAGCUUCGGUUCGCCGUUAAUCAUGAUGAGAAAUUGGACUUGAAUGAUAGUAAAUGGGAAGAUAUCCAUGUCAUCACUGGAGCCCUCAAAAUGUUUUUUCGAGAACUACCAGAGCCUCUUUUUACAUUUAGUCAUUUUAAUGAUUUUGUUAAUGCAAUUAAACAAGAACCAAGACAGCGAGUUGCUGCUGUUAAGGACCUAAUCAAACAGUUGCCAAAGCCAAAUCAAGAUACCAUGCAGAUUCUGUUCAGGCAUCUCAAAAGAGUUAUAGAAAAUGGAGAAAAGAACCGAAUGACUUAUCAGAGUAUAGCCAUUGUUUUUGGGCCUACUCUCUUAAAGCCAGAGAAGGAGACUGGGAAUAUAGCAGUUCAUACUGUCUACCAGAAUCAGAUUGUAGAAUUAAUCCUGCUGGAAAUAAGCUCCAUCUUCGGACGCUGACACCUGCUGAAGAUGUUCUGUGGAACAGAAGCUGGAUUCCAUCAGAUUUCUUCAUAUCCUUAUUCGUGAUGUUUUUUUCAUUUUUGGACCAAGCAGUGACUGUUUGAUUUUUUGCACUUUUUUUUUGAGGGAUAAGGUGGGAACGGGAGAGUCAAGAUGUGUAUUGCGCCCUCAUAUUUGCUGCUUUGUUGGAAGAUGAUAUCACUGUGUGUGAUUCUAAAUUAAUUUUAUCCUGAAUGUUUGCAUUUCAUACUCUGAAUUUCAGUAAAAAUCGAAACUUGUCCUUUUGACCAGUCAUAAACACUGGAUAAUUUGAUAAGAAAGCUCUGUCAGUAAGAAAGCUAUGGCUUGGGUUUUUGUUUUUCUUUUCCCUCAAACUGGAUAAUGUAGAAUUUCUUCUCAUGAUUCAUUAGGUUCACCACAUAAUAGAACAAUACGUAGUAUCAGUUAUAUUAAAAACGCUCUUGGGCAUUUGAAAAAAAAAUGAAGUCUAUCUGUUUCGAAACCUGUGUAUUUCUUUUUCAGGGUUUCUGCAUGCAGUGGCAGUCUGAGUGCUAAAUUCGUUAGAACCCAGAUAGAAUCCCUUGAUGAAGGCUUUGCUUCCGUGCUGCGUAGCAUCCUCAUUGGAUAUCUUAGUUGCUUGUUCAAGCAGCACACUAAUGUUACUUAAAACACUGUGAUAUGCUGGGGUUUAAUUUAGCAUAAGUCCGUUCAGGGUACUUUGGGGUUGUCUGUGCCACACUGAUCCUUGUAGCUAACAACCCCGAUUAUAUCUAGUGCCAUACUGAGUUCUUGGUAUGACCCUGUGGAAACAGACUUUAUUUUAUGUAAAUACAGGCUAAAGACAAUGUCUUUUAGCUUAUGUGUAUAAUUGUGUUGUAUAGUCUCAGAGUACAUUCUAAUCCUACAUUUCUAAUCACAAUACUGGUAAUCUUUUCCGUGAAUAUUAGGUUUCCUCCAGAAAUAGGCCGUUAUUUGAGAAAGUUAACUGUGCACUUUUAGAUUUUAAUUACAUUUACAGGCAAAUCACUGUAAUACAAAUGGUACUGGAAAAAUACCAAGUAGAUUUGCUAAAUGGUAAAUGCACUACGAGGGGAACCUUUUAGGUUAUUUAAUAUGUACAGAAUACAUUAGAAAAAAUUUAUUACAGAAUUCUAACUGUGGUAUGAAUAGUGGAAACCCAUAUGCAAAUUAGAUAGAUGUCAGAUGGAAAAUGACAUUACCAAAUUUGAGAAUUUCUUUUUACAUUACUAAUGUAGAUUGAUUUGUAUAAUAAAACAGGGUCUGGAAGGUUUUGUUACAGAGAGCAUGGUCGUCUGUUGGAGAUUUUUUUUAAUGUAUUUUUCUAGAUUAACUGCUGUAUAUGAAAUGUCUAAUCUGAAUAAAGAAAACUAUAAGAGGUUUAGAGAUUCUUUUCCAUUGGAAAUGUGCAUUUUGGUUUCUCAUUUUGUUUUUUGAUUUUGCGUUUACCAGCAUAUUCUUAUACCUCACUUAAAAAAAAAUCAACUGAAUCCAAUAUUUUCUGUGGCAAAUACAUUUUCCUCAUUUCACACCUUCUCUACUCCCUGCUAUGUCAACAACCUUCACCACCCUUUCCCUACUUCUUAUUUCUUCAUCAGUUUUUCAAAAUGAAUGAUUUGUAACUAAAACUUCUUUUUCUUAGAGUUGUAUUUAUGAUUUACAGAUUGACUUCACGGGAACAAAUGAUUUUUUAUAUGAUCUGUCUAAAAGCCUCUCACGUAAGUUUUGUGAUAAAAGUGUUGUUGGUUAUUGUGGCUCUUAUUUAAUUGUUAACAAAUGAAGCUACUUGACAACAAUGGGAAAGCAGAUUGUUUUGGGCAGGGAGUAAAAGUCCCCAAAUUAGGAUGUUUAUAUUUGCCUAAGGGUGACCUUAAUGCUACACUAUGCUUAUGACUGGACUAGAAUGUGAUUGUAUACCAGGAAAAUAAUUAGAUUCAAAUCAGUGAUUUUUUUUUUUCUGUUGGUAGUUAAUGGACAUACCGAAGUUUAAAUUUGUCCUGUGUUUCUUGUUUCAAGGUACAUGUUUGUGUAUGUGAAGUCUUGAAUGUUGUAUAAGUCUACAGCUAAUCAGUUUAUUAUAAUAUUGUAUGUGUGGUGAGAUUAAUGUCUUGUGUUUUCUUUAUUUGUGAAUUAAAAAUUCUCACUUUUUUUUGUAAUAACAAAACCAGUAAUAUUUUCGUGUCUUGACAGCUUGAUUUUUAGUAGAAAAUAUAUUAAAGACUAAAAUAAAUUGUCAGUGAAAGCUUA